AUGCUGGUCUCCAGUAAGCAGCUCCCCAUCGGCCGCUCUCAGAGCUGGGACACCCUGGGGGGUCCGGAGUGCCAGUGGGGGCCCAUGGGGCAAGAGGGCAUGUACGACCAGCAGCACCAGCAGCACCAGCAGCAGCAGCAGCAGGCCCGGAUGUCCGUGCGGCGGAACUCCAUCAGCUACGGGAGCGAGGUGGUGGGGACCGGUCAGGGCUGGUACGAGCUGCCGCCCGGGACGCGCCCCCCGGACCUGGACCUGAAACGCGAGCCCUUCUCCUACCAGGAGUCGCUGUACAGCCAGGCGGGCUUGGACCCGCGCGCCAUGCGCAAGUGCUCGGUGCCGGAGCUGAACAGCCACUACGAGCGGCCGCCCGCCGCCCACCGCGGGGCUCUGGCCGCGCAGGAUUACUACCAGCAGGACCCGGCGCUGACGCCGCGCCAGCUGGACGACCCGCGGGCGUUCUACAGGGGCGGCGAGCAGACGCAGCCUCACCCGCUGAACCGCUCGGCGUCGCACUACGGGAUGAGCCCGGGCAUGGCCGCCGCGGGUCCUCCCCCUCCGUCCUCCGCGCCCCCGUUGUCCGCCCACGAGAUGGGACGCAGGUACCGCGAACCGUCUGUCUCUGCCCCUCCUCCGCCCAACACGCCCGGCCCCAAGAUGGUGCCCAGUCGGGAGCCGUCACCGGUGCGUUACGUGACGGAACCUUCGUCCCCAAGAUACGGAUCGGAACCGCCCCAGCUUAUUGGACGUGGGGCCUACACCGAUGUCAACAGCCGGGUGAUGGACCCCCGCCAAUCUGCCGCCACCUGCCUGGUUGUGGACCCUGCCUCCCAGGGCAUAGAUGUGAGUGGGGGGGCCCGGGCGCUGAUGAGCCCGACGCCCUACAGCCCCUUACAGCAGCAAGUGCAGCCAACACAGCAGUUGCAGCAGCAGCAGCCAGCACCGCAGAUGCAGGUUGCACCCAUGCCUUCGCCACAGCAGCAGAUGCAGCAGGCUCAGCAACUGCAGCAGCAAAUGCAGGUGGCCGCUCAGCUGCAGCAGCAGCAGCAGAUGCAACCGGCCCAGCAGCUCCAGCAGCAGAUCCCGCAGCAGCAGCCCAUGCAGCAGCAGCCCAUGCAGCAGCAGCCCAUGCAGCAGCUUCCCCAGCAGAUUCAGCCCCCCGUGCAGCAACCCCCUGCCCUCCAGCCAAUGCCUCCUCCACUGCAGCAGAUGGCGCCGGUGCAGCAAAUGCCUCCGCCAGUCCCCCAGCAGGUCCAGGCUGUGGCGGCCCCUGUGAACACCCUCUACGACCCCAGUGCUGCCCAGGCUCUUCCUGCGCCUUCCCCAGUCAUGCCCCAGAGCGCGGUGGUGCUGAUGCCCGCUCAGCCCGUGGCACUUCCUCCUCCUCCGGUGACGCCGACCCCCAUGGCGCCCGUGCCUCCGCCCCCCGCGGACCCCAAGCGCUCGGCCGACCCGGAGUUCCUGGCGCUCUUGCGCAACGAGGGCGUGUCGGAGAGCACCAUCAUGUCGCUGCUGCAGCAGGGCUUUGACAGCACGGGCAUGCUGGCGGUGAUGGAGGAGAACGACGUGCGCUCGGUGGCGCCCAACCUCGGCCAGGCCCGCGUGCUGUCCCGGGUGGCGGUGAGCUGCAAGCGCCCGGCCCAGGCCCCGCCGCCCGCCCCUCAGCCGUCGCAGCAGCAGCACCACCACCACCACAUGGGCACCAUGCCGCCCACGCCGUCGCGCACCCGCUCCAACAGCUUCAGCCACCGCAGCGACGUGUACCAGCCUCACCACGGCAUGAGCCUGGGCAUCGGCGUGGGCAUGGAAUCCCAGAUGCUGACCGCUCCGCCGACGCCCAUGCAGACCAUCUCUCCCAGGAUGGGCGAGGCGAUCGGCAGGAGGCCCAGCAGCGCCCCGUCCCAACACCUCCUGGAGACGACCGGAGGGGGCGGCGGGUACGGUCCGCCAGGGUCCAGGACCCCGGGACCGUACAGCGGCGCCAUGGUGCCCGUCCAGCCUCGGCCCAUGUCGGCGUACUCCUCGCAGCCCGCCUUGCCCAUGUCGGCGCACAUGGCGACCCUGCAGCAGCAGAUGCAGGGCAUGCCGCACCAGAUGCAGGGCAUGGCGCACCAAACGCAGAUCCAGCAGAUCCACGCCAUGCAGUCUCAGCAGCUGCCCGCUCUGCCCGGUGUGCCCCAGCAGCUGGCCAUGGCGCCCAUGCCGCCGCAGCAGGCGCCCAAGGCCUACUCCACCAACUACACGGUGCCCAUGGAGCUGAUGAAGCGCGACCGCACCCUGGUGCCACUCACGCCCAUGCACAGCCCGCACCCGAGCCCGCAGGCCAUGCGUAAGGUCGGCGGGCCAGGGGUGCCCACCGACGGGGCCAUGGUGCCCAUGGGCACCACCGCCAUGCAGGCCCAGAGCGCCAGCCUGGCCAAUCAGAAACUCAGUCGGAGGACCGGCCCCCCAGUCAUCGUGUCCACCAUGGCGUCCCCCGACACAAGUAUCAGGCCUCAGAUUAUGAACGGGCCGAUGCACCCUCGGCCCCUAGUGGCACUGCUGGACGGGCGGGACUGCACCGUGGAGAUGCCCAUCCUGAAAGACCUGGCAACCGUGGCGUUCUGCGACGCCCAGUCCACAGGGGAGAUCCAUGAAAAGGUGUUGAAUGAGGCAAUAGGGGCCAUGAUGUACCACACCAUCACUUUGACGCGUGAGGACCUCGAGAAGUUCAAGGCCUUGCGAAUCAUUAUUCGCAUUGGCAGUGGCUAUGACAACAUCGACAUCAAAGCGGCGGGAGAUCUCGGUAUCGCGGUGUGCAACAUUCCCUCGGCGGCGGUGGAGGAGACGGCCGACUCGACGCUGUGCCACAUCCUGAACCUGUACCGCCGGAACACCUGGCUGUACCAGGCGCUGCGCGAGGGCACCCGGGUCCAGAGCGUGGAGCAGAUCCGAGAGCUGGCGUCCGGAGCGGCGCGAAUCCGGGGGGAGACGCUCGGCCUCAUCGGCUUCGGCCGAUCAGGACAGGCAGUGGCCGUCCGCGCCAAAGGCUUCGGCUUCAACGUGAUUUUCUACGACCCCUACCUCCAGGACGGGCUGGAGCGAUCUCUGGGGGUGACGCGCGUCUACACCCUCCAGGACCUGCUGUACCAGAGCGACUGCGUGUCCUUGCACUGCAACCUCAACGAACACAACCACCACCUCAUCAAUGACUUCACUAUCAAACAGAUGCGUCAGGGUGCGUUCCUGGUCAACUCUGCGCGGGGUGGGCUGGUGGACGAGAAGGCCUUGGCCCAGGCCCUGAAGGAGGGCAGAAUACGAGGAGCCGCCCUGGACGUCCACGAGAGCGAGCCCUUCAGUUUCACGCAGGGCCCGUUGAAAGACGCACCCAAUCUGAUCUGCACCCCACACACGGCCUGGUACAGCGAACAGGCCUCGCUGGAGAUGAGGGAGGCCGCAGCCACGGAGAUCCGUAGAGCCCUCCUCGGGCGGAUCCCAGACAGCCUGAGGAACUGCGUGAACAAAGAGUUCUUUAUGGCCACAGCCCCCUGGGGGAUGAUGGAGCAACAGAUGCAGCCUGAGCUCAAUGGCGCCACCUACGGCCGUCAGGGGCCUCUCCAGGCCAUCUCCCCAGGGGGGAUGCAAGAUAAAAUGUACACAUAAGAUCCA